AGAAGGACAGCGUGGACUGGCAUAGUGAUGACGAACCCUCGCUAGGGAGGCACCCCAUCAUUGCUUCACUCAGUUUUGGUGCCACACGUACUUUUGAGAUGAGAAAGAAGCCCCCACCAGUUCAGGCCAGCCUGUUGAAGCUAAAACGAACACCCAGACUAUGAGUCACCAAUCGGACACCGACCGUAAGAGCUGUGGCCAGAUGAGCAGCCAGGGCCUCAGAAACCAGAGCACCCACACCCAGCUGCUGGAGGUGAUGCUGUGCUUGCAGCAGACCAUAGAGGACUACAUCGUGCAGCUGAAGACCCAGCAUCCACAGCAGAGUCUGGCGCUGGAGGAGCAAAGGCACGGUCGGGCCACCAGGGAGGAGGAAGCCAUCCUUGUUCAUUUAAUGUGCCAAGUGGCCAACCUCUUACAGUCUGGGGCCACUGGUGGAGCGGGGCUCCAACUGCCUUGCCCUUCCCUGGGCUCUUAUGGUGAUGUUGGAGGUGGGCAGCAGGCCCAGUCAUCCAGGUGGCCUGACCAGCGAGGUCACCAACUGAGUGAUUUGGAAGCUACAUCCAUCAGCUGCGACCUGUCCAACCGUGGGAAUGACAUCUUUAACUUAUACUCCAGCUUCCAUGACUACGAGAACUACCAAAGAGACAAAUACCACGAGGAAAAGAACACCUUGGGCUUCAUUAACCUUGGGACCAGUGAGAACAAGCUCUGCAUUGAUCUCAUGACUGAAAGGUUAAGUCGGAGUGACAUGAACUACAUUGACGAUGCCCUUCUGCAAUAUUCCAAAAUCAGAGGACAUUCAUUCCUGCUGGAAGAAGUGGCCCAGUUCCUGACCUACUACUGCAAGUCACCCACCCAGCUUGAUCCAGAAAACGUGGUGGUUCUAAAUGGCUGCUGCUCUGUCUUCUCUGUGCUGGCCAUGGUUCUGUGUGAUCCAGGUGAUGGCUUUUUGAUCCCCACCCCCUUCUAUGGUGGCUUCAACUUAACUACCCAUCUGUAUGCGAAAGUUGAGCUCAUUCCUGUCCACCUGGACAGUGAGAUCACUGAUGUGAACACCCAUCCAUUCCAGCUUACUGUGAGCAAGUUGGAAAGAGCCCUAUUUGAGGCUAGGCUUCAGUGUAAAAAGGUCAAAGGCCUUGUGCUCAUCAACCCUCAGAAUCCCCUGGGAGACAUCUACUCCAGAGACUCCCUGAAGGAAUACCUGGAAUUUGCCAAAAGGUACAACCUACAUGUGAUCAUAGAUGAGGUUUACUUGCUGUCUGUGUUUGAUGAAUCCAUCACAUUCCACAGUGUUCUGAGCAUGGAAAGUUUGCCUGACCCCGAGAAGACCUAUGUGAUCUGGGGCCCCAGUAAGGAUUUUGGGAUCUCCGGCUUCCGUUGUGGUGCUCUCUACACCCACAACAAGAAGGUGGUCUCUGCCAUAAGCACUUUCGGCUACCUCCACGGCAUCUCUGGCAUUGCCCAGCACAAGCUGUGUCAGCUACUCCGUGACAGAGAAUGGAUUGACAAAGUCUUCCUGCCCACCAAUCGCUCCCGGCUGCAGGCAGCUCACAGGUACGUCACUAACAAGUUGAAGGCGAUGAAGAUCCCUUUUCUCAGUCGUGUCUCCGGGCUUUUUAUCUGGAUGAACUUGCAAAAGUACCUGGACCCGUGCACAUUUGAGCAAGAGCUGCUCCUCCAUCGCUGCUUCCUGGACAACAAGCUGAUGUUGUCCCAUGGCCAGACCUUCAUGUGUAAGGAGCCUGGCUGGUUCCGCCUCAUCUUUUCGGAUAAGCCCUUCCGCCUGAAACUCGCCAUGCAUCGAUUCUCUCAGACACUAGAGCAGAAACAGGAUCAGACAGAGAAGCAACUGGAAGAUGCACUAAGGGACUAAGCCCUCGGCCUCCCAACCAGCAGCUACAGAUCAUCACAUGCUCUGGGAGUCCUGACAUCAACCUCUGGUCUGGAAGGCUGGGGACUUGGCCUGGUGCUGUGACAGAGCAAACAGUAGGCUUCUCCAGAAAUUAGCUUGUCUGGCCCAGUCAUCACCCUUCUUAAGUUGUACAUCUGUCGUUUUCAGAAGCCUUGCCUCUUUUUAUUCUUUGCUAGCCAUUGUGUGUGGGUAAAAUGUUUUUAUGGGGGUUAGAGUGGGAAAGACUAGAGAAAUAAAGCGUUCUCUGCAUCCCUAUUUAGAUGGGGUUAUUCUUAUAUU